ACGACUUUGGAGAUGGUUCUGGCCGUCCUCCUGGUGGUUCUGACCGUCCUCCUGGUGGUUCUGACCGUCCUCCUGGUGGUUCUGACCGUCCUCCUGGUGGUUCUGGACGUGAUCCUCAGGGAGGACGUGGUUCUCAAGGAGGACGUGGUCCCCCGGGAGGACGUGGUUCUCAAGGAGGACGUGGUCCCCCGGGAGGACGUGGUCCCCCGGGAGGACGUGGUCCCCCGGGAGGACGUGGUUCUCAAGGAGGACGUGGUCCCCCGGGAGGACGUGGUUCUCAAGGAGGACGUGGUCCCCCGGGAGGACGUGGUUCUCAAGGAGGACGUGGUCCCCCGGGAGGACGUGGUUCUCAAGGAGGACGUGGUCCCCCGGGAGGACGUGGUUCUCAAGGAGGACGUGGUCCCCCGGGAGGACGUGGUUCUCAAGGAGGACGUGGUCCCCCGGGAGGACGUGGUUCUCAAGGAGGACGUGGUCCCCCGGGAGGACGUGGUUCUCAAGGAGGACGUGGUCCCCCGGGAGGACGUGGUGGUCAGGGCAGCGUUCCAGGAACUCCAGGAGGAAGAUCCAGGAACUCCCCAAGCGGAGCGGACAUUCUCAGUGUUUUGUCAGAGAGUUCCUCAGGUUCUCCGGAGACCUUGCUGCAAGCGCAAAUCCACUCUCAGAUGGAGGCAGGGAUCCAGGAAGGAAUUCAACCCGGAAUCCAGUCAGAGGUUGAACCUGGGAUCCAGGAAGGAAUUCAAUCGGGAAUCCAGUCGGAGGUCGAACCGGGGAUCCAGGAAGGGAUCAAGGCAGGGAUCCAGAAAGGGGCUCCAUCGGAGAUCCAGCCCGAGUUCCAGUCAGGGAUCCAGUUCUGCACCGAUGACUCGGAUUGUGGCCCAGGACGCUGUGUGGUAGGUUUCUGCGCACUGAAGCUGAUGGACAUUGGUGAGGACUGCUCUUCCAUCGGAGCUGCGUCGGGAGACCAGCAAUGUCGCAGUAACCACUGUGAUGAGACCACUAACAAGUGUGUGAAGGGGGCCCUGGAGCCGGGUGCGAUUUGUACCGAUAAACAGCAGUGUAAGGGAACAUGUAUGGAAAAUUAUUGUGUAGAAGUUGUCGCAGAAAUAGAAGAAGAAACGGAAGAAGAGUAAAGGAAGAAGAAGUGAAAGAGGAAUGAAAAUAGUGAAAGAGAAGCCAGAGGAGCAAAAAGAAGAAGAAAUGAUGGGCGAGAAUGAGAGGAAGAUGUGCGUCAUAAUUGGAUGUGUUGAAAAUUGGACUCUAAAGAAAAUAUCGGAACCACGAAUCUCAAAGUCGUCAUCUUAGUGGUUUGAUUCCGACGAAGUUAAUGGACAUGGAAACUAAAACGAGAUGAUGUCGUCACUCGAUUCUCAAAACCGCACUAUGACUCUUAAAAUCAGACUCUUCCAUGUGCGAUUCUUAAAAAACUGCGAUGAUGUUCUGAAUGCUUGUUUGCUGAUUUUCAUAUAGACAAACUACCUGAAAUGUAGCAAUCUGGCAUCUAUCAUCACCCAAUAAGCCUUCAUUGGGUGAUAAUGUACCAAUAAUGUGUGUGUAAUUACGGAUAAGGUGCCUAUGGUUGUGGAUAGCUGUGGUUGCUGUGUUUAAUACCAACCCAGGCAUGUCGCGUUCGGUGUGUGUCUCACUCUGAGUUUGUAAAUACAACAAUGGAGAUAA